CGAAUACUCUUCUCCUAAGGACGAAAUAAGGACUGCCUUCUUAGAGGCCUCCGAGGGAACUUCGUCUUUAUCCGCGGCCUUAAUCUCGGAUUGGAUUUGCGUAAGAGCUGAAGCCGUAGUAUCGAUAUCCUUAAGUGCUUUAAAGGAAUAGAAACGGGAGAGUAGCGUCGAAACCCGUUCCUUUGUCGAUACCUCGCUUACUUCCUUUAUCUUAUCGAUUACCUCCUUAGUCGUACGUAGUCCUAGGAGGUGUAUACGCUUAUCCCCGGCCGUAGACUUAAUAAACGCAACCGCUUUUGCGUCUUCUUCUUUAGCCUCUCUUGCUUUAGCCGUAUCUUGGCUUAUAGAUUCCGGUAUACCGUACCUAUACCUCCAAAGGCCUUGUCCGGAUAGAUAGUCUUAAAUUAGAUCGAUCCAGAUAGUAUAAUUCUCGGUAGUAAGUUGCGGAAUUCCCUUUACCGCGCCGAUAGUCGUCUCGGUAGUAGACAUCUUUAUCGUUAGAUUUCUCGACUCGUAACGGUCGUAUCGUUGAUAUUUUUAGAUCGUUUGAUUCGUAUUAAUCGGUUCUUUUCGCCUAUGGACCGGCUUGGUCGCUUUCUUCGAUUUGCGGACGGGUUGCCUGAUCGGGUAAUUUCUCGAACUUUCUUGUUUCUUCACUUGCGUUCCGGGCUCAUAACUUGGGCGUGGCCGGGCGUGGCCGGGCUGGGCGUGACCGGGCGUGGUAGGCGUGGCCGGGCGUGGUGGGCGUGGCCGGGCGUGGCCGGGCGUAGUGGGCGUGACCGGGCGUGGCCGGGCGUAGUGGGCUGGGCGUGGCCGGGCGUGGCCGGGCGUAGUGGGCUGGGCGUGACCGGGCGUACAGGUGGCUGCUGCUUUCCGCAUAAACCACCGGGUCCUCGAAGCAGCGCGGUGUGCUGCUUGCGUGUGGGUGCGUGCCUCAGGCGUGUCUUGGCAAAUUGGUGCAUCUCCCCGCACUUCGCGAUUUUGACGCUCGUCCACCCUCGUCCACCCUCGUCCGCUCGUCCAGCUCGUCCACCCUCGUCCGCUCGUCCACCCUCGUCCAGCUCGUCCACCCUCGUCCGCUCGUCCACCCUCGUCCGCUCGUCCAGCUCGUCCACCCUCGUCCGCUCGUCCACCCUCGUCCAGCUCGUCCACCCUCGUCCGCUCGUCCACCUCGUCCGCUCGUCCACCUCGUCCACCUCGUCCAAGCAACCUCAAACGCAGCACGAUACUGCUACGCAUUCCGAAAGAAGACUGCUGCGCUCUCCAAGCGAAAUCAUCGUAAUGAGCCACUCUCGCAAGAACUGUGAAAUAUGCGGCGAAGAAGUAGCCCAUGGCAAUCUGUCGCGGCACAUGAAGCGAAAACACGCCAAUGUAGAAGUAGCCAGGCCAGGCCCAGCUGCUUCUUCGACACCGAUCGAGAGAUACCGUAGCGUCGGCGAUGUUCUUUCCGCUUGUGGCAUACAACCCAGCGAGCUUGGAGGUUGGAGUAUCGCCGGACUCAACAAGCUGCCCAAUAUGCGGCUCUAUCAACCCGCGCCACGACGCCAUCAUACGCCAUGGGCACUCCUUUCCGAUGAAGCUUUGAACAUCCUGCCUACACUGGAGAGCCUGCUCUUGGACGUCUCCCACCGUGUGAAAUCGAGAGGUUCCAUGUUCGCAGGAACCCAGGUGUAUCGAGAUCAGAUCGAUGUCACCCACGAUUUCAAUGCGGAAAAGUGGGCGAACUGGAUCUCGCGAGUCCUCGCUGGCCAGGAGGUAUCAGAGCGGGUGUUGAACGCGACCUUGGGUCAAUCAAUCGACUCCGAGACAACUCACGCCUUCCGCAAGGGCGCCAGCGUCGCUAUGGCGCGACUGCUGCCCCAAUUGCAAGAACACGGGUACAAACCCGCCCAGGCCAAUGCCAACAUCACGCCGCGCGGUACUCGGACAGAAGUGCACCACGAUAGCGAGCCUCAUAUCUCUACGGCUUUUGGAUUGGCCAAUCGCGCCAAUUACCCAGCCAAGCUGUGGCUAUUGUGGCCCUCCACCGAGCAGCGCCAUCUGGGAUACUGCUACGACAGCACAAUGCCGACGAAUGUAGCCCUCGACCGAAUGGAUCAUGGGUGCUUCCUUGUGCAGAUGCCCGGGGAGUCGGUGGUUGUGCCUCCCAAUUCACCUCACGCCGUCAUCUCUCUCGAGUCUUGCUACUUGUACGGCCACUGUUUUACAACCAAGUCAUGGGCCCAUGAUCCAUCGACUCUGUACGCCGAAAUUCGAAGCACUGGUAUAGACGAGUCCGCGGCUUGUGAGCACCGUCUCCGAAAUCUGAAACUUGGUCUGGCGAGCGCCGACUUUCGCCAGGCGACUGCUGAUCAAUUUCUCGAGACCUGGUCGAUGGAGGCGCCCGUUUUCUACCGCUGGCCGAAGCAUUUCCACAAACUCGUUCACGUAUGGGCGCAGCAUAUUUCCACCCAACAGCUUUGUGCUUGGUGUAUCGGCGCCGGCACAUCACAGUCUUACGCGGGAGGGAGCGAGAGCGAGAGCGACAGGCAUAUCAGAACUCAUCUCGGGUGCGUUCGAUGCACCGACAAGUUUCAUGCGUCGCCAGUUCGUCUGGUAGCUCUUCUUUCAGCGACUGCGUCAGCAGCCUCGUUCCCUCCCCUCGAUGCAUACGUAAGAGCGUGUCUAGCCGACCGUAACAGCGAGACCUUGGCCUUGGAGCGUGUCCAUUUGACGGGCAAUCUUUUUUUGGAUGAAGACGACGGUUUGGGGUUUUAA